CCGCGUCUCCCUCGCGAACUCGGUGAAAGGAAUUGGCGCCGUUCGACACCAGGCGGGUCCGCUCUGCAGCACGAACCCACCUCCAGCCGCAGCCGCAGCCGCAGCCGCCGCCCGGGCCGAGGAGCAGCCGCAGCAGCCGCCACCAGUGGCCGAGUGAGCGGAGCCGAGUUUGAGCCAGCCGUGAAUCGGGGCCCUCACCAUGAGUUCCUCGCCUGUUAAUGUAAAAAAGCUGAAGGUCUCGGAGCUGAAAGAGGAGCUCAAGAAGCGGCGCCUUUCCGACAAGGGCCUCAAGGCCGAGCUCAUGGAGCGACUCCAGGCCGCGCUGGACGACGAGGAGGCCGGGGGCCGCCCCGCCAUGGAGCCCGGGAACGGCAGCCUAGACCUGGGCGGGGAUUCCGCCGGGCGCUCGGGAGCAGGCCUCGAGCAGGAGGCCGCGGCCGGCGGCGACGAGGAGGAGGAGGAGGAGGAAGAGGAGGAGGAAGGAAUCGCCGCCUUGGAUGGCGACCAGAUGGAGCUAGGGGAGGAGAACGGGGCCGCGGGGGCGGCCGACGCGGGCCCGAUGGAGGAGGAGGAGGCCGCCUCGGAGGACGAGAACGGCGACGAUCAGGGCUUCCAGGAAGGGGAGGAUGAGCUUGGCGACGAGGAGGAAGGCGCGGGCGACGAGAACGGGCACGGGGAGCAGCAGCCUCAACCGCCGGCGACGCCGCAGCAACAGCCCCCACAGCAGCGCGGGGCCGCCAAGGAGGCCGCGGGGAAGAGCAGCGGCCCCACCUCGCUAUUCGCGGUGACGGUGGCGCCGCCCGGGGCGAGGCAGGGCCAGCAGCAGGCGGGAGGUAAGAAGAAAGCGGAAGGCGGCGGAGGCGGCGGUCGCCCCGGGGCUCCGGCGGCGGGAGACGGCAAAACAGAGCAGAAAGGCGGAGAUAAAAAAAGAGGGGUGAAAAGACCUCGAGAAGAUCAUGGCCGUGGAUAUUUUGAGUACAUUGAAGAGAACAAGUAUAGCAGAGCCAAAUCUCCUCAGCCACCUGUUGAAGAAGAAGAUGAGCACUUCGAUGACACAGUGGUUUGUCUUGAUACUUAUAAUUGUGAUCUACAUUUUAAAAUAUCAAGAGACCGCCUCAGUGCUUCUUCCCUCACUAUGGAGAGUUUUGCUUUUCUUUGGGCUGGAGGAAGGGCAUCUUAUGGUGUGUCAAAAGGCAAAGUCUGUUUUGAGAUGAAGGUUACAGAGAAGAUCCCAGUAAGGCAUUUAUAUACAAAAGAUAUUGACAUACAUGAAGUUCGGAUUGGCUGGUCUCUAACCACAAGUGGAAUGUUGCUUGGUGAAGAAGAAUUUUCUUAUGGGUAUUCUCUUAAAGGAAUAAAAACAUGCAACUGUGAGACUGAAGAUUAUGGAGAGAAAUUUGAUGAAAAUGAUGUGAUUACAUGUUUUGCUAACUUUGAAAGUGAUGAAGUAGAACUCUCCUAUGCAAAGAAUGGGCAAGAUCUUGGCGUUGCCUUCAAAAUCAGUAAGGAAAUUCUUGCCGGAAGGCCACUUUUUCCACACGUUCUCUGCCACAACUGUGCAGUUGAAUUUAAUUUUGGUCAGAAGGAAAAGCCAUAUUUGCCAAUACCGGAAGAUUAUACUUUUAUCCAGAAUGUCCCCUUGGAGGAUCGAGUUAGAGGACCAAAGGGGCCUGAAGAGAAGAAAGAUUGUGAGGUUGUUAUGAUGAUUGGCUUGCCAGGAGCUGGGAAAACCACCUGGGUUACUAAACAUGCAGCAGAAAACCCUGGUAAAUACAACAUUCUUGGAACAAACACCAUAAUGGAUAAAAUGAUGGUGGCCGGGUUUAAGAAGCAGAUGGCGGAUACAGGAAAACUGAACACCCUGUUGCAGAGAGCUCCCCAGUGUCUUGGAAAGUUUAUUGAGAUUGCUGCCCGUAAGAAGCGAAAUUUCAUUCUGGAUCAGACCAAUGUGUCUGCUGCUGCCCAGAGGAGAAAAAUGUGCCUGUUCGCAGGCUUCCAACGAAAAGCUGUUGUAGUUUGCCCGAAAGAUGAAGACUACAAGCAGAGAACACAGAAGAAAGCAGAAGUCGAGGGGAAAGACCUACCAGAACACGCAGUCCUCAAAAUGAAAGGAAACUUUACGCUGCCCGAGGUGGCUGAGUGCUUUGAUGAAAUAACCUAUGUUGAACUGCAGAAGGAGGAAGCCCAGAAACUUCUGGAGCAGUAUAAGGAAGAAAGCAAAAAGGCUCUUCCGCCAGAAAAGAAACAAAACACUGGCUCGAAGAAGAGCAAUAAAAAUAAGAGCGGCAAGAACCAGUUCAACAGAGGCGGCGGCCACAGAGGCCGCGGCGGCUUCAACAUGCGUGGUGGCAACUUCCGAGGAGGAGCUCCUGGGAACCGCGGUGGCUACAACAGGAGGGGCAACAUGCCGCAGAGAGGCGGCGGCGGCGGCGGCAGCGGCGGGAUUGGCUAUCCGUACCCGCGUGGCCCUGUGUUUCCCAGCCGAGGCGGUUAUUCCAACAGAGGGAACUACAACAGAGGCGGAAUGCCCAACAGAGGGAACUACAACCAGAACUUCAGAGGACGAGGAAACAAUCGUGGCUACAAAAAUCAAUCUCAGGGCUACAACCAGUGGCAGCAGGGUUCUGUCCAUGUGAAUGUGCUGUGUGGAAGAGUAAAAGGGCCCAACUAAAUGUGUUCCAGUGAUUCUAAUAGGUAUUCCAAAUUAAUUGCUGCUUGUACAUUUAACACUUGUUACAUUGGGCUUCCAGGAUCACCUUCAUUAGAACUCCCUUAUGUAAAAGGAUGGGAAAAGGAAAUAACUGUUAACCCAGAUUGGGUAGAUUGUAUAAACAGGGGAAAAAAGGUUUUCUCACUUUACCCUUUGCAUACCUGAGAUGUGAGCUAGUCAGUGGUGGUAAGCAGUUGGCGGUCCUCUCACCUAGGUUUAAGACUGCAAAUGGAGCCGAAUCCUUGUAAGGUUCUAACCAUUCAGAUUCCUUCUGUUUUAAUUUUUUGUAAGACAUUCAUUUUAAUACUUCUCACUCGCAGAGCUUAAAUACUUAAAAUAUUUUAAUGCAGAAAAAUGAGUCUAAGAUGUCCCUCGUUUUUCCCAACCUUCUGCAUCUAUGCAAAACGCACAAAUACUCUUUACUAGUUUAUAAACAUUUAGAAACUAGACAGAGCCUUUUGGAGAAUGAGGACAUAGCGCUCCAUGUCAAAGUGGAAAAAUCAACUCUAGGAAGUAAAUUUAAAUUGUAAAGACAGAAGGAAUAAAAAAGCUCGGUGUCUCCAGAGCAAAUAAUUUCUCAUUGCCCAAGAAGUCAUUUAAGACUUGCUAAGAAGCUUAGAGGAAAUCUAUUGUUCUUCCACCACAUACUCCAGAAUAAUGUAUCUUGGUGAAAUGAGAGGACCCGGCUGCUAUACUGAUUUGAAAUGUAGCUGUCAGGAGUUGCUCACUGAAACUCAGUUCUCCUGUGUCAACUAAAAAUCUAAUGGCUGAAAGAGCAGACAGCUCGGUUUCAGACCCAAAAGGUAAAAAUCCUAACAUUUUGUUCAUUUGAGGGGGGAAAAUUUUUUUUUUAACUAGAACAUUUGUUUCAGAAGCUUUGAAUUCAGAUGGCAAAGCAUAGAGUUCACUGCAUAUGACUUGUCCUCAUGGUCUAAAGGGAAGAAACAUUUCUAUGGAAACCGAUCCAUUAAGAAACCAGGGUUACAGAUUAUUUUGAUUUCCUGAGGGGUAGACCAUGUAAGGUGGUUGAACAGAUUUUUGUUAACUUGAUCUAAACUUAAAAAGGGAACAGUAGAAGCCUUUCUAGAUUUCGUACCUGCUUAUAAUGUCACUGGUAGUUUUGUCAAGAUAGUAGGACUUGGUGGGUGGGGGCUGGGGGGGAUCAUCUAUAUUCUAGAAAAUGAAGAGUAAGGCAAAUGUAGUUGAAAACUACUUGCAACACCUGUAGUGUUCGCGUUACACCAGCUUCAAAAUGUAAAACUUUUAAGAUCUUGGUAAUAAGUUUUUGCCCCCAAAGCUUCCGAUUUUAAGAGAAAAAGAUGGACUUAUUGCAUAAAAUCAGCUGCUUGAGAUGCCAGGACUCGGGUGGUGGAGGAUAUUGGUAUAUUGUCCUGAUUGAAUGACCACUGGACCCUAUUUUAAGAUGCUUCCAAAAAAUAUUCCAGAGGACCAUUAAAAAUCAGAAUUCGAGCAAUCGCUUUAAUUUUUCUACUUCAGAUUUUCUGUUUACCCAAGUAAAGUACAUAUAUUAACAUGAAUUUUAAAGGGGUGCCUUGACCCCCAUCACUACAGAUUUUUAUCUAGGAAUAGAAGGAUUCAAACCCUAUUUGAUCCCUAGCUCUUUGCUGAAAAGUGCAUAAACAGGAAUCCUGAAUUUAUUAUAUAGACCUCCUCGCAUUAUAUAAUCGAAGCAAAGGGAAACCAGCGAUGGAGUAGAGGUACGUAGACUAAAAAGAUGCUUGCGAAUCAAAUAAUGGUGUUAGGAAUAGUUAAAAUUUUUUGUUGCCGAACUCAGUCAUAAAUCACAAGUCCAGAGAAAAGCUUCUAGUUAAUUUUAAAUUCCCUGAGGUCCUUUUACUGUGAUGGAAAAGCCAAAUAGUCAAGGAAAAGAAGGGAGGGGUUGAGGGAAGGGGGAAAUGCUUAGAGCACUAGAAAGAUUUAACGAUGUAUGAUAGAUAAAGCCGGGAGAAGUUUCUAAAACUACUAAUGACCACAAUUCUAUUUUAAUCAGCUAUUUAGCUGGUAUCUACUGCUAUAUCACCUAGUGUGAAGUUCUGGAGUUAACGGAACAACGAAAGAAGCAGUGCAGCCGGAGGCUUCCGAGUGGGCACGAGAGGUCUCCAGUUGACGCAGUCCUUCUGCUGUCAAAGUGAACUAACCUUGUUACUGGUGAAGGCCUUGGAAAUUUUGCCGGCCGAGAGAGGUUUCUCUUACUCAGGGUAAGCUGUAACCCUCGUAUGGGAGAGCUAGGUGGGGAUUUAGUUAAGACUCCAUCUGGUCGCCCAGUUCUAUACUCUGUAUGCGUUUGUAAGCGGAAGCGGAGAUCGUAAGUGGCCUGCACAAACGUUGUUAAAGAUCGGGGCUGAGGAGUACUCGUCAGGGGUCCCCGGACUUCCAUACAGCACUGCCUCCUAAAAUGGGAGUGACUGGUCAGUUGGAGUAAUGCAGAUUGGAUUCAACUCUGACUUGUGCCCGUAGAGUGGACAGGUGGUACGGUCUUGGACACUGCCUUUUCCUUUCUAACAACAGCCUUCCCUAAUUAGUGUCCAAGUCCUACCUUUGGUGGCUGCUAGAGGAUUAGGAUCAGUACAAAUAUCUGCGGGCUUGUGCUUGACCGUGGCAUUUGGUAAACUGCAUGGCCUGCGUGCGCUGCCCCUUGGAAGGACCCCAGGAAAAGUGGGCGCAGGAGGGAAGAUGCCCCUUCCUGUGAACCGGACCGAGCACGCACUGCCCACUUCCCCCUUGAAAAGCGGUGAGAGAACAAGGUAAAAUCUCAGGAUAGCUUCACCUUCUCUGGCUUACCGUGAUAACCAAGUAAUAGGACCAUUAAUGAUGCCAGAGUCCUUGUCUGCUGGUCUUUUUCAUUAUCCUUUCUUAACCAGGAACACCUCUAGCUUGUGUUUUGUGUUCUACUUAAAAGAUUCUCUUAAAGUAAUGUUGACAUUAAAACAAAUUGCAUUGCUUUGGAGAGGGAGUUUUUUUUUUCCUGAAUGAAUAAAUGCUGUGGACCUGG